UGUUGACGCUUGUUGAUCAGUAGUAGAUGUCCAUCCCCAGGGGCUUGUCGCAGAGUGUGCAAUGGAAUCCGGAAGGAAACACAGAUUGCUUCGUUUUCCCGACGUUUACUAGAGAAAACCAGUUAGAAGAUCCUCUUCGCCUUAUUGUGCGCAGUCGGGAGACGCUCUCUCUCUCUCUCUCUCUCUCUCUCUCUUGCCGUCUCUCCCGUUUGCCCCUGUACAGCAAAGGGUUUUAGGGGAGAGCGGCAAGGCGUCGACCACUGCGAACAUCGAACACUCCCGACAUUUGCAGUCAUUCAGAGCCACAACGGGAGAGCUCAGGACGGAUAGUCUCGUGGCUGUUUCUCUAAUAGUGAUAUACGUUGUCUUUUCCAGGGUUUCAUAUCUUAUUGCGUUUGUUUUGUUCCGUGUUGUUUGUUUGUAUUUUUCUUUUUUGUGUGUCUUUUUUUUAUUUGUUUCUAUUCAUCGCGUGUCAAUCGCCCAUCCUCCAUGUCCCUCGUACAUCCCUCCAAUUCCUCUGUAUCUUUGUUCCAUGCUGCCCCCUCCCUGGUUCUCUAUGUUUCUGCAUCUCUUCUGCGCCGCUAUUCAUUCUAGAUGACUGUUGCUGGGGGCUUAAGUUGGACUAGCAAGUGAGUGUCAGAAACGAUGCCGCAUCCGUCGGUUGUGCUGGCCACUGCAGGCUACGACCAUACCAUCAAAUUCUGGGAAGCAACCACUGGCCGUUGCUACCGCACGCUUCAGUAUACGGAUUCACAAGUAAAUAAAUUGGAGGUUACGCCGGAUAAGCAGUAUUUAGCGGCAGCAGGAAACCCUCACAUUCGACUUUAUGAUGUUAAUUCCAAUCAUCCUCAGCCGGUGUUGACUUAUGAAUCGCAUAUGAACAAUGUGACCGCUGUUGGUUUUCAGUGCGAUGGGAAAUGGAUGUAUUCAGGUUCUGAAGACGGUACUGUUAAGAUAUGGGAUCUCAGAGCACCUGGUUGCCAACGCGAAUACGAGAGUAGAGCAGCAGUGAACACUGUUGUCCUUCAUCCUAAUCAGACCGAAUUGAUAUCAGGCGAUCAAAAUGGGAACAUCAGAGUUUGGGACCUUCAAUCAAAUUCGUGCAGCUGUGAGUUGGUUCCGGAGGUGGACACAGCUGUUCGUUCAUUGACAGUAAUGUGGGAUGGCAGUCUUGUUGUGGCCGCCAACAACAAUGGCACAUGUUAUGUAUGGCGUCUACUUCGUGGAACUCAGAUGAUGACAAAUUUUGAGCCACUUCAUAAACUUCAAGCACAUGAUAGAUACGUAUUGAAGUGCUUGCUAUCACCUGAGUACUGCGAGCCAAAUAAAUAUUUAGCUACAACGUCCUCUGAUCACACUGUAAAGAUCUGGAACAUUUUUGAUUUUUCUCUUGCAAGGACUUUAAAAGGACAUUCUCGAUGGGUCUGGGAUUGUGUAUUUUCUGUCGAUGGUGCAUUUUUGGUUACAGCAUCUUCGGACCAUACAGCUCGACUUUGGGAGCUUUCCACUGGAGAAGCUAUUCGAGUGUACCAAGGCCACCAAAAGGCUACCGUCUGUUGUGCAUUACAUGAUGGCACAGAUCCGUCAGCUGUCUAAAUUUCAGCCGGUGAGUGUAUUGCUGUUAUCAGAUACUCGACUUCUGGUAUUUGACGGACUGAAUAAUGGAGGCUUUAUUAUUGGAUACAUAUCUGAAAGUGAAGUCUUGAAGUACUGGUUCAACAUGCAGGUUAUUAGUCCUUUUGCCUGUUGUAUUGGAAGGCCCUUGACAGCGCUGCGGUUCUGCUUCCUCUCACAUUGUACAAAUAGGUUAAUUUAUUUUGGUAGUCUCAUGAAGACAUUAGUGCGCAUUUAUACUUGAGAUGCGCUUCAGAACUCCGCUGGUUAAUUGCUUAAAUAUUAGGAUCUGGAGUGCUAUGAAGAUUCUGAAAUGCAAGUUCUGUUUAAAUCCAAAGCUUCUGUACAAUUGUAGCAUCGAUCAUGUUUUGAAUGUUCGAGACUUUGCUGACAUAAAUAUGCCCAAGAGCUGCUUACAGAUUUGUAUA